AAAUAAAAACAACAAAGUGAGAAGUUCGAAUGACUUUCAACUUUGAAGAAAAAACAAUUGAAAAUAAAAAUAUAUAUGUAUAUAAAUUUUAAAACAUGGGAAAUCAACAGUCAGCAGUUACACGAGAACGAAAUAAGUCGGGCUCACAAGACAUGAUUCCAGGUUCACCCUUACGAGAUGGACAAGCGUUUGUAUUUAAUAAACGUCCGAUAAAUCAAAACAGGCUAGGGAUUGAGGAUGAUGAGUCGCUUUAUUCUAAAUCACUUCCCCACGACAACGAAUUCUUGUCUCGAGCUCCAAGGCAAAGAGCCAACACAAUGACCGAAACUGGAUCAGAAAAGAUCAGCAUUGAGAAGCCUGCACUUCCGACUGUGUUCAAAUGGGAUGGUGGUGGAAAGCAAGUAUAUAUUAGUGGAACUUUCAGUGACUGGAAAGCUUUGCCUAUGGUCAAAUCGCAUGGUGAUUUUGUCACAAUUAUUGAUUUGCCUGAGGGUGAACAUCAGUUCAAGUUUUACGUUGAUGGCGAAUGGAGACAUGAUCCAAAGCUUAAAAAUAUCGAAAACGAGGUUGGGAGUAAAAAUAAUACGGUAAGUGUUCGUCAAAGUGAUUUUGAAGUUUUUCAAGCCUUGGCAAAAGAUUCUGAAGACACUGGAAAUUCAGAACAAAAAGAGUAUUCUCAAGAUAUCCCACAAAUAAAGCCAUGGGAAAAGGUAAAUGGACCUCCGAUACUUCCACCCCAUCUUCUUCAAGUUAUUCUUAACAAAGAUACGCCAUUAUCGUGUGAACCAACUCUUCUGCCUGAACCAAACCACGUCAUGUUGAAUCAUUUUUUGUAUUGGACAGCAAAUUCAUGUGCAGUCUCUUUUAAUUGUUCUAAUAUUCCGAAACAAGAUAUGGCAUCUAAAAGAACCGCACUAAAUUAUCAUACUUUGACUAUUGUACAUUUCGAAUGGAGGCUUCUCUUUAUAAGUGCUACUCUGAUUAUUCCUAUCUUCACUUUCCCUGAAAGUGUUCAGCAAACAAGUCUAAAAAUGGAGCCAACAAUGGAAGAUUUCAAUAAAUAUUUGAGUGAUUAUGUUGGUGAUAAAAAAGAACUGGCAUUAUUACUUGAUUACGAUGGAACUUUAGCACCAAUCGCAUCACAUCCUAAUCUCACAGCCAUGACGGAAAAAACUAAAAGAGCCUUGAGUGAGAUUGCUGUCAAUUCAAAGAUUUUCACUGCGAUAAUCUCAGGUCGAGGUGUCAACGAUGCAAAAGGAAAAAUUGAAAUUCAUGGACUUACUUAUGCUGGCAAUCAUGGUUUGGAAAUUCUUUAUCCAAACGGUACUAAAUACAAUCAUCAGAUACCUGCAAAUAUCAGUGGAAAUUAUGAUAAAAUGAUAGCAGCUUUAGAUAAGAUCACAAGGAAUGGUUCGUGGAUAGAAAAUAAAGGAGUUUCUCUAACUUUUCAUUACCGUGCAAUGCCACUAGAGGAACAAGAAAGUAUACUGAAGGAAGCAAGAGAAAUUAUUGAAAGUUUUGGUUAUAGAGCAAAUCAAGCUCAUUGUGCUAUAGAAGCUAAACCUCCUGUUCAGUGGAAUAAAGGAAAAGCUGCUGAAUACAUUCUUGAUCACAGUUUUGGAAAAGAUUGGAGAAACAAUGUUAAAGUUGUGUUUGCUGGUGAUGAUACAACUGAUGAAGAUGUUUUUGAGCUUCUCAAGAAUAUCGGCGUUACAUUCCGAGUAACAAGAGAUAGCGAGCUUAUUACAAAAGCAACAUAUAAAAUUCCGACGACUGAUUCGAUGUUUGAUGAUGAUCCAACGCUUGUUGAGGGUGAAAUGACAGUCAGCUCAAGUGGUAAAAUAAAUAGAGGCACACCAGGGCAAUCAGAUUUCAACACAUUAGAUGAACCUAUCAAGGAAACAUUCCUUCGAGAUGUUCGUGCAGUUGGUAGUAAGUUCAAACAUGUUCUCUAUCCAAAAGAGAAAAACAAUUUAUUAAAAGAAUGGGAUCUCUGGGGACCGCUUGUUUUGUGUACAUUCAUGGCAACAAUUCUUCAAGGAUCAUCUGAUGGCUACAGCAACGAUGGAGGUCCUGAGUUUGCUGAAGUGUUUGUUAUUGUAUGGAUUGGAGCUAUGGUUGUAACAUUAAACUCAAAAUUAUUGGGAGGAAAUAUAUCAUUUUUCCAAUCAGUUUGCGUUCUUGGAUAUUGUUUAACACCUUUAGCGUUAUCGCUUUGUGUCUGCAGAGCAAUCUUAAUUGUACAACAAACAAAUUUAACAUUCUUCUUAAGACUUCUGUCUUCAACUUGUGGCUUUAUUUGGGCAACUUACGCCUCAAUCAUUUUCAUGGGUGAUAGUCAACCAGCUAACAGAAAAGCUCUCGCUGUUUAUCCAAUUUUUCUCUUUUAUUUCAUCAUCUCAUGGCUUGUCGUGUCGCACACAAUUUAUUAAAAAAAUCUUAUUAAAUGAAAAAAAUCUUAAAAAUUACUUUCAGCUUAUUAUACCGAAUUUUAUUAUAAAAAAGAAAAUAAAUGAUAUGAGAAUGUAAAAAGAAAUAAAAUCAACCUUAUUACUGGGCUUCCAAUUUUUAUUU